AUGUAUCAUAGUGCACAGGCCAUCUUUUACCAUUAUUAUUCAACAGAUCAAGAUCCACGACAUCAAAUCUGUGAUCCGAAAUGGUGCAAAUAUUUGCAGGAUAGCGACACAUAUGAUCAUGAUCAACAUUCGAUUCCUAGAGCUUGUAUGGACAUUAUUAAACUUGCAUUCGAUGAAUUAUGCUCUAAAGAGGCUUUGAAAGAAGUUGUUAGAGGAGGGAGUCAGAACCCAAAUGAAACAUUUCAUGGAAUAUUAUGGAUUUUAGUACCGAAAUAUCGUUAUGCUAGUGGUUUAAUGAUUGAUAUAGGUGUUGGUUUGGCCGCUAUUCUAUACAAUGAUGGUUAUAAAAAAUUACGUGAUUUAUUUCAACGGCUGUUCAAUUCAUGUGGUUAUUACACAAACCAUGGUAUUAUUGCCUUAGAUACUUCGAAAGAACAUGAUAGACAAAUGUUUUUUAGUCGUAAAAGAACACGAAAAGUCAAUGAACAACAAAGAAACCAGAUUUUUCUAAAUAAUGAUGACAACAGCAGCGAUGGUGAAGAUGAUGAAAGUGAUGGAUAUUUAUAUAGUAUUAUGUCGAGUGAUGAAGAUGCAUACGAACCAGGUGGUGAUGAUUUAGAUUGA